AGCCUGGCCUUCGCGGGAGGAGGAGGCGCCGCCGUGUCGCGGAGGUCGGGAGUGGAGCGUUCUCGGUGGUGAAACAGUUCCAGUUCUCAUCCAAAGGCCAGUGAUUAUGGAUAUCUGGAGCUGUAGUUCAACAGUAUCCGAAUGCUAUCAUGUGGGCUGCAUGUUGCAACUGGUUUUGCCUGAAUGGACAGCCUGAAGACAUGCCACACUGCCCGCAGCCAGGAACUCGAGCAUACUCCAAUGCUGGCUACAGCUCCUUCCCAUCUCCCACAGCUUCAGAGCAGAGUUGCAAAGCCUGCGGGGUGCAUUUCAGCAGCUCCUUCCUUAAGCGCGUCUGCCUGGAUUGCAAAAAAAACUUCUGCCCUUCCUGUUCGCACCAGCCCGAGAGUGGUCCCUGCCUCUGCCACCUCUGUGAGCGAUUCCGAGCUACAGCUUUUCAGCGGGAAGAACUCAUCAAAAUGAAAGUGAAGGACUUGCGAGAUUAUCUGGAGCUCCGGGAGAUCUCCACGGAGAUGUGCCGUGAAAAAGAUGAGCUGGUCUGCUUGAUCAUCAGUCAGCAGCCCUUGGAUCCCCAAAGGGAGAGGGUCACCCGGGUUCCUCACCCAGCACCAGUUUCCGUUGCCCCAGAGGAGUGUACAAUGACACCAGUUUCACUGGAUUACUCUCCCGAGCAAAUUUCCACCAAUCCUGCCUUACAGAGUGAGGAGCAUCCACAGGCAAAUGGGCAUGUGCUGCCGAGCCAGGACGAUAUGGCAGAAGUUGAGAGCGCAGUGCAAAACCUGCCUGAGGAAGAGACGCAGUCCACUGAUUCAGAAGAUAACCUAGUUACGGGACGGAGGGCAUCUCUCUCUGACCUAACAAGCGUGAGAGAUAUCGAUGCCCUCUCGGUAAGGCAGUUGAAAGAGAUCCUGGCUCGCAACUUUGUUAACUACAAGGGCUGUUGUGAGAAAUGGGAGCUAAUGGAGAGAGUGACCCGCCUUUACAAAGAGAAGGACCUCCAGCAGCUGGUUUCAGAUGCUGAUGAUCAAACUGCUCCAUCUGGUAAUGCCACCCUCCCUGGUUCUGAAGAAAAUCUCUGCAAAAUCUGUAUGGACUCCGUCAUUGACUGUGUCCUAUUGGAGUGUGGCCACAUGGUGACUUGCACAAAGUGUGGGAAACGUAUGAAUGAGUGUCCCAUCUGCCGGCAAUACGUGAUAAGAGCUGUCCAUGUUUUCAGGACUUAAGAGCACAGGAAGCAGGACUAACGUUCUUCCAUUGUGACAGUGAGCACCAGUCCCAGAGCUACCCAGUCCCCAUUCUUAAGAAGCCCACAGAGGAUAGGUGAGAUGAAGGAUGGAGGGCUGCGAAGACUUGAGCUGUGAUUGGCUGCCUACCCCGACUAAUACUGUGCAUUAUACCACAGUGCCUGGAGAGCUGGACAUCCUCAGUAGAUCUAGAAAGCAACAUGCCUUUUCUUUCUUUGUCUGCUUUUGACAGGGCAUAAAGAAACUCUUGAUGUUUCCAAGACAUUGAGGCUCUUCCCCUCUGGAGUAAAUAAACAAGGUGAUCUAAAGAGGAAGAGAGAUUUGCUUCUCUCAAUUCUCCUUUCUCUUUGACUAAAUCCUUGAAGGGGAGAGUACUGUAUAUAUUCCCUUUUUUUUUUGGAUAUGUAUUUUUUUUAAAGAAAAAAACUUAGUUUAUUAGCUAGCCUUGCGGGUCAGGCUGAAAGUUGUCUCUUCUAUUGCCUUGGAUUCUUGUACAGAGUAAACCUGUGUCCUACCUUAGUGGCCAUGGUGACAUGAUGAAGAGGGGCUGUAAGUGAGGAGAGGAUUUACAAUGAUGGAGACGAAAUUUUGCCAGAUUUGUAGCGAAUGAGUAUCUCAGGGAUACUUUCUAUGUUUUUUGUUUGUUCAUAAUUUUUGUCACGAUCAAAAUGUGGUGGCCUUUAAGACAAUUAAGUUGCAUUAUAAUUGAUUUGUUUUGUAUUACCAUUGGGGAAAACUCGUACAUUUGUUCUGGAUUUUGCUUAUGGAAUUAGCAUUUGGGACAAUAAGGAGGAACCAGUUGUGUUUUUAAAGGCCACUGUCAGAUCAUAAACUACAUUAGGGCCUAUCCUUGACAAAGGAUCCUCUUUUAUUUCACUCUUUCGUUAGCAUUUGUUGCCUUUCUGCUAUAGUAUUUCACACCGAGAUGAGCAGAUGUCCAGAUUGCUUUCUGUAGAAGUUCAACUACUUGAUUUUUUUGAAGUAUGUAUUUUGCCUUUAAAUGCCAAGCGUUGGCAUUUCAUUUGCUUUUGUUGUAAAAAAACAAAAAAAAUACUCUGUUCUUUAUAAUCACUCUUCAGUGAAGUGCGGAAGUGAAGAAAUUGGAGACACGGGGUCAGAAUGGGUCUUUUCAUUAGUAAAGGGAGGCUGCUGAAGAUAGAGGGUCUUUUGCUGUGUUCGUCUCAAACCAUUUUUUGGGUGACUACGCAAAUAUGUUUAGCUAUCGGACUGCAGUUCAUGAAUCCCCAUGAAUCUUGGACUGAAUCCUACUUUUACAACUGACGGAGAGGACUGUUUUAGGAAGAACCAUGGAAAAAAGGUAAUCAGUAAUUCUAAAAAAAAUGGUUUGGAAGAAAUCCAGGAGAACCAUUUAGUUGUUUACAUACUAUCUUCUUCCAAGGGCAUUUCAGAAAGACAGUUUUUCUCCCCAUGUUGUAUAAAAGCCUUAAGAAACGUGACACUUUCAUAUCAGCUGCUUCCUUCACUGUUGUGUCUUAAUUCCAAGUCAGCCCAAGUGCUUUCUUAAAUUUUGGCUGUUUCCCAAAUGGUUAAAUGCCUUGCAGGUUGAAGAUGCCUUAGUUUGCCUUAAGCCAACAGUACACAAUCUGUAUCUUCCAGAUGUUUUGUACUGCAGUUCUUUUUAGCCUUAGCAGCAAGGGAAUUGUAUUUCAGAACAUAGGAAGCGCCCUAUCCCUGCCUUAAGUCCUGAAAUGUGUGUAAAUAAGAGUAACAGUCAAUUUGUGUAUAGGUUGCAUCGACGGGUAGGUAAGUUUUAUUGUGGAAAGGUUGCUUUACAAAUCUUUCCUCCUCUUCUCCUAUUGAAUUUCACAGGUGUUCAAAAGAAAGGUUUUUUUUUUAAGAAAUCAAUUUGCACAUGCAACAUAUAUUACCUUCUCCUUUAUUAUGGUUUCCAAAGAUUUAGCCUCAAAAUUGCACUAUUGGGCAUGGCAAUAUCCCAAAUGCCUGGCACAUUAGCCCUGGUCCUUGUUAACCUCUGUUCCACCUGCUUUUUUGUAACCGCUUUUGAUAACAAUUUGCGAGAUAUAAUCCUUACAUGUAUAUCUGUAACCUCUGCAACCAAUAUUGUAGUUUGUGGAUAGUAAAAAAAAGCUUUUUUUGGAGGGGGUGGGCCUUUGGUGCGUUUCUAAACAACAUGGAUUGACUGUGUAUAAAGCCAAUGUGGGAAACAAUUUGUAACCCAUUUCUUUGGGAUGGUGGGUGACAGAGUGGGAAAUUUUUUUUUUCCCAUGUAGGAAAUCUUAAAACUUCAGUUAAUGUUAGAAAUCUUAUUUGAGUCACUGCUGUUUGGCUCUUAAAUUUCCUUUUGCCCCUCUUAGGAAGGACUUUUUAAAAAAACUUUACAUUCCAAUAGGGGGCCCAUUAAUGAAUAAAGGGGCAUAUAUAUACUGAACAUCAGAUGUUGAUCAUGCAUAAAAGAAAAUUUCUGGUACGGGUAGUAGUGGGGGGAGAAGAGGUAAGAACCUAAAGAAGGAAAAUACCCAAAUUUCUUGUAAAGUUCAAUGUGAACAGGGGUGGGGACUUAACAAGCCCUUCCCAAAGUGUUGGGCUAUUCCAGGGGUGUCAAACUCGAUUACAUUGAGGGCCGCAUCAGCGUUGUUUUUGAACUUGGGGGGCCAGGGUGGGUGUGGUCAGGUCGAUAUCACUCCUGUCGGGGGCACCUGUGGUGGCCCGAGCGCUCUGCCAGCGAAAACGGGCUCCCGGGCUCCGUUUUCGGCUUCCAGGGCCUCCUGCAACCCGCAUGCGGCCCUCACAAGCUCAGUUUUCAUUGGCAGAGGGUUGCAGGAGACCCUGGAAGCCGAAAACUGAGCCCAGGAGCCCGUUUUCGCUGGUGGAAUGACCACAGGACAGUCCUUUGCUGUUUCCAAGGUGGCUCCGUGGGCCAGAUCUAAGGAGCCCCCGGGCCUUGAGUUUGACAUCCUUGGGCUAUUCUGAUCUUCUCCACUGAUGGAAAAAAAUAAAUAAGAGUUGGGAUGGCAAUAAUGUGUAAAACAAGUAGCUUGUUCCUUUCUUUCUUGGUAUCACUUGUAUAAUGAAGUUCCCACUGCCACCCUAUUUUGAUUCAAAAUUUGGUAUUUUCCAUGACUGUGAUUUGAAUUUUGUUGAAGCGAAACCUUCUCCAUAGUGAUGCUGCUUUGUGACUGAUAAAGACUGCUGCUGCUGCACUAAGCUAUGGAGAAUUUCUGUUGUUCUGCCAGAAAAAUUUAAUAUAGCAAUGUAUGCUUGUCUGAACAGUGGGAAAGUUAAUUUUGACUGUGAGAAACUCUGUUUCAACAGGUCUCACUAGCACAGAGUCCUGCUUUAUAAUUUUAUAAUAAAAUGGAAACGUGUUAUUAAA